AUUCAUUUCCGCGCUACUCUGCUUGUUCAUUCAUAACAACGGUGAGCGCGUCUGUUGCAGGCGCUGUAUUCGUGCUGGUGCAUCGCGUGGGUGUCGUGGUUGCUCCAGUCUCUCUUUCCCGCGCACCACCCUGCCGCCAUGGACUCCGCGCCCUUGGGCUUCUUGGAUCGCCUCACGCGGAAUGCGGACGCGGAGGAGCGCGGGGACGAGGCGGGGGCGGAGGCAGCAGCGGCAGUGGCGAGAGAAGUGAGGCGCGCGGAGGCGGUGAGCUUUCUGCCCUUCCCCACGGAGGUGGUCACGCUGGACCGCGGCCUCACGCUGCUCAAGGGCAAGGCGAGCACCACCAUGCUGCUGGGGACCACGUCGGACCUGGUGCCGGGCAAAUAUGAAGGGGGCUUCAAGCUGUGGGAGGCGGCGGUGGACCUGAUGGAGGCGCUGCGCCAGGAGAUGCGCGACGGCACGCUCUCCUUCCGCCGCAAGCGCGUGCUCGAGCUGGGGUGCGGUCACGGCCUCCCCGGCAUUCUCGCGUGCCUCAAGGGCGCAGCGUGCGCGCACUUCCAGGACUUCAACCCCGAGGUGCUGCUCAACCUCACCAUCCCCAACGUGCACGCCAACCUCGCUGCUGCUGCCACACAUCGCACCCACCCGCACGCGCACACAGAGGGCAGUGACAGCCCCUCCUCCCCUUCGUCCCCACCCAUCACGCCCAAGUCGCCCCUGCCUGACCUGCGUACUCGCUUCUUCGCGGGCGACUGGUCCGCCUUGGACGGGCUGCUCUCCCUCGCCCACCCCCCCUCCUCGCCGCUCUCACCCCGCCCAUCCACUGCUGCUGCUGCCCCACUUGCUGAUGCUGCUGCUGCUGUGGCUGCUACUGCUGCCGCUACUACCGCAGCCACAGAUGCCACCACAGCCACUGGUACUGCUGACAGCAGUCCUGCCAAGCCGCACAGGCAUGCCAGGGUUCACAUACAGCCUCCCCCUGCUGGAACCCGCAUGCCAUCGGACGGUGCAACUGGCGCUCCGUCCUUCUGUGCUUCACCUAGUGGUGCAGCGGCAUUGGCUCACGAGGGCGGGGUCAGCAGCAGCGGCGGGUACGACGUGAUACUGACGGCGGAGACGGUGUACUCGCCGCGCUCCAUGGACAAGCUGCUGGCGCUCGUCAAUAAGUGCUUGCGUCGGCCGCACGGCGUGCUGUAUGUGGCGGGCAAGAAGCACUACUUCGGGGUGGGCGGCGGCACACGGCAGUUCAAGAGCCUUGUGGACAAAGAAGGAAAGUUGCACGGUCAUCUGCUGAAGGAGGUUGCUGAUGGUUCCUCCAACGUGCGCGAGAUAUGGAAGUUCUUUUACAGAGACUGACAAGGGCUCCUCUAAAAUGCAUCAAAAGAGAACGUCUACUGCAUGCAUGCACCCAUCUGUGGGAGGAUCCAUGAACGAUCUUCUGAUUGUUAGCCCAUCUUUAGCCUUUUCGGUUCGUGAGGUACCAGCUCCUGUGGACGGUAGAGUUCUAGCAAAGGGGGUCGACUGGUGAGGAAGGAGACGAAAAUCACUGAUAAGCAACCUCUGCAGUGCAAGGUUAUAGUGAUAGGGGUGAGGUGCAGCAGCACCUUCGUUCAGUUCACAUAGCAGUAAAAUGUGUACCCCGCUGGCCCCGCGUCCGCCAGCCACUUGCCGCUGGCUCCGUGCCUGCCUGCCCCGUUUUGGCUCUACGCUCCCACCGGCCCCAGCUCCGUUGGCCCCCACUCCGCCGGCCACAGCUCCGUCGGUCCCAGCUUGCCCCGGCCCUUCCUACCGCCGAGCCGAACUGACUUACAGGCAUUGGUUCCCCCUCUGAGCGGGCGCUCCCACCAGCAGGCACCACCGCUUUUCACCACACUCCACCGCUCUCCACCACACUUCACCGCACUCCAUCGCUCAUCACUGCUCUCCACCGCCCUCCUCCGCACUCCCUCCUCGUCAGCGGCAGUCAGCUGCUGCACCCGUGGUGAUGGCGAACUCAGUGCUCCGCCUGGACACGGAGGGUGGGGACGUUGAUUUUGAGGCGUGGCUCGUCCACCUCCGCCAGGAUGUCGACGGUAAGCUCCCCUGCCCCGCCACACCCGCUGCCCUCCCUGACGCCCCCACGUCUGCUCAGCGUGAGGCCUUUACCGCUGCUGAACUUGCCCGCGCUGUCUGGGAGUCGAGCGGCGCCGUUGCACAGCUUGCCAUUAGUCACGCCCUCCCCCUGUCUGAGCAUCCCCGCUUUACCGCUGUAGCAAACGCAAAACAGUACAUAGAUGAAGUCAUUGCGCACUAUUCCAUUCCCUCAUCAGCCUCUGCCGGCUGCCUGAUCCUCCCCAUGCUGUUCCCUGAACUUGCAUCCUUCACCACUAUCGCCGACCUCGCUACUCACCUCCGUGCACUUGAGACUAGCUACCACGCUGCUAGCACUAAGGCACAGCUCACUGCUUUCCCGCCGCUGCUUUGCACUACGCUUUACCUCAUUGCCAUGUGCCUUCCUGAGCGCCUAGCCACAACCCGUGACCACUUCCUUAGUUAGCACCCUGGUGACCUCACCCUUACGGCCUUCGUCACAGCCCUGUCCGCGAUAGAGACUCGUCAGUGCACUAUCGCUCAGUCUAACAGUACUACGGCGGUCCCUAUCUUCCAGGCUUGUGCUCCCUCUCAGUGCACUUACUUUGACGUUUCAACCGUUGUCGUUGAGACAACCCCCACUGCUGAGACUGCCGCCGCGGCCUCUGCACAGCCGCGUCAGAAUAGGGGCUGCCGCCCCAAGGGGGGGCGUGGCGGAGGGAAGAAUGGUGGGGAUGGUUUGGAUGGUGAGGGUGGUGGAGGUGGGGGCGGGGACGGUGGUGCGGAUGAGGGGACCGAGGCUGACGCCCCGGAGCAGCAGGAGCCGCAGCAGCAGUCAUCGUGGGGACCCCAGCCACCGUGGUGGCCUGGCGGCGCUGGUGGUAUUGGUCGUGGUGGUGGGUCGCGCAGCUCGUUGUCCGGUGGCGGCUCCAGUGUGGUCACACUUGCCAGUACCAGCUUCAGUCCAACCCCCGCCGCGGCACCGUCCGCGACCGUCUCUGGCACACCGUCGCCCGCUGCUACCGCCAUGUGCACGAACUCUUCCAUCUCCGCUUCGGCCCUGCGUCAGAACCCCCCGAUUAGUACACCAUGAUUUUGUCGCCGUAUCCAUGUUUUUGAGCUUGACAUGGAUCAGAUUAGGUCUGCUCUGUAUGGCACGUAUGCUAAUGACUUUAGUGUGACUGGACCAUAUUAUCC